UCUCCUAUAUAAAGUGCUUCCUAUGCAAGCUACACUUUGUAAAUUGUGAUUCCCCUUUCACUAUCUCUCACAUAUCUUCAACCUUUUUCUUAAUCUAAAAACCAUAUAUAAUUUUUGUCACUUUGAGUAGAAGUCGUUGACUUUUCAUACCCCCCUUCUUCUAAAACACAACAUCUUCAAGAAAACCAUGGCAAUGAAAACCAAAAGCAACAAGGUGGGAAAUGAAUUUGGUUGUGGUUUCAUGGAGAGGAUUUUCAAUCUCAAAAGUCCUAGGCUAAGAAACUCAUUAGUUCAUUCCCUACCAAUGAAGGGUAACAACAUUGAUCAUGUCAAAAAUGAAGCAAAGUUGUUUCCAAAUAAAGAACCAAAGGUUCCACAAAAAAUUUCCAAUGAAAAUCGGAAGCGUAGUUCAGAUGCUACUGCAAGAAGCUCGACAUCAUCAUCCUCUGGUGCUAGUUCAACCCUUAAAAGGGUUGAACAAAACCAUAAUACAGAUGAUGAUGUCAAGCUUCAAAUAGAAUCAGCGCGAAAUUCUUUACAACUUGCUAGAAUAAGCACUAUUCGCACGCGCGACAACAAGAGCAACAAGUCCAUAACCAAAGACUUUUCUCCCUUGAAACUCACUGGAAACUUGCUUGUGAAUAACACUCCAAGAAGAAAGAGUGUUGAUAGUUUACCUAAGCAUUUAGAGUUAAACUCAGUUUCAAGUUUUUACAAUGGUAAUAAUAAUGGAAGGAAAGUGGUUAUGGGGAAUAUUAUGAGGAAGAAUAGUAAUGAACUUGCACAGUUUCUAAGUCAAAGGCACAAUAUUGCAGACCCUGAAGUGUUGAAAUCAAUGGGAAAUGAAGCAUACAAAAAGGGUAAGUUUGAAGAGGCUUUGGCUUUGUAUGACAAAGCAAUUGCUAUUGAUUCAAAUAAGGCAACUUAUCAUUGCAAUAAGAGUGCUGCUUUGAUUGGAUUAGGAAGGUUUCAAGAAGCAAUUAUUGAGUGUGAGGAAUCUAUUCGGUUGGAUCCUUCUUAUAACAGAGCUCACAAUCGUUUGGCAACAAUAUAUUUCAGAUUAGGAGAUGUAGAAAAGGCACUGGAUUGCAACCGAUCAACCUCAAAUGUUGACUCUGUGCUUGCUUUUCAAGCUCAGGCUCUACAAAAUCACCUGAAGAAAUGCAUAGAAGCUAGGAAAUUCAAUGAAUGGAGUGUUGUACUAAAGGAAACACAGUCUGCAUUAUCCUUAGGUGCCGAUUCAGCUCCACAGAUCUAUGCUUUACAAACCGAAGCCUUGCUGAAGCUCGUAAGGUACCAAGAGGCAUAUGCUGUGUAUGACAACAUGCCAAAAUUUUCAGAUGAUUGGUGUAACAAGAUAUUUGGUAUGGCUACUAGUGCUUACCUGUCGAUGAUAAGCGCACUGGUUUACCUAGCAUCCGGCAGGUUUGAGGAAGCUGUGAAAACAUCUCAGCAAGCAGAUAGAGUUGAUCCAAGCAACAGAGAGGUAAAUGCAGUGUUAAGGAGAGCCAAAGCAGUAACAUCAUCUAGAAUGAGUGGAAACUUACUCUUCAAGGCAUCAAAAUUCAUGGAAGCAUGUGCAGUAUACAAUGAAGGACUAGAUCAUGAUCCACACAACUCAGUUCUGUUAUGCAACAGAGCAGCGUGUCGUUCUAAGCUAGGGCAGUAUGAAAAAGCAAUUGAAGAUUGUGAUGCUGCACUUAUGCUUAAUCCAUGUUAUAGCAAAGCAAGAUUAAGGAGGGCCUAUUGUAAUGCCAAGUUGGAACGAUGGGAAGUUGCCAUUCAAGACUACGAAAUGUUGAUAAGAGAAAAGCCAGGGGAUGAAGAAGUGGCAAGGGCUUUGUUUGAGGCUCGGCUCCAACUCAAGAUGCUACGUGGUGAAGAUAUUAAGGAUUUAAAAUUUGGUUCAAAUUUGGUUUUCAUCUCAAGUAAUGAUCGUUUCAGACAUUAUGUAACCUCGCCUGGUAUGGCUGUUGUGCUCUUCAGUAACAAGGGAACACACAAGCAAGUGUCGAUGGUGUUGGAACAAACCAGCAAGAGAUUUCCAUCUGUUAAUUUCCUCAAGGUGGAGAUUGAAGACCAUCCCUACUUGGCAAAAUCAGAAGGUGUAAGCUCAUUCCCAGCUUUCAAAAUAUACAAAAAUGGAUCAAGAGUUAAAGAGAUUUCCGGCAACAACCACGAGUUCUUAGAAAAAUCGGUUAAAUUCUAUAGCAGCUGAGAUAAAUAUUACACUCUUUCAAAUGGAACAUUAUAUUUAUGAGCAAGAAACGAAGAGAAAGUGUUAAGAUUUUCCAAAAUGCAAAGGAAAAAGGACUUUGUCCGAAAUAAUUCCAGCUAAUUCCUUUUCCAUAAAAAAUUUGCUUCCUUGUAUAUCAGUAUAGUACACAGAGAAGUCUAUAGGAAAAGGAAUUCUUUCCGUUGGUUAUAGAUUCUUUUAUUUCCUUGGAUCCUAGAGCAUUCUUCAAUAUUCAUAUAUCAGAUAUUUAAUGUAUAUUUGUUUUACAUUGGAUAUAACCUUAAAAACAUAGGAGUUUAAGGUUAAACCAAAGUUUGCAAGGGAAUCUGCUACCUGAUUUCCUUCCUUAUAUAUGUGAGUAACUAUACAAUUCAUGUUUCUAAGCGUAAUGAAAACAUUGCUCCAUCUAUUUCUAAUUUCCCAUGUAAUAUAAUUUGAAGAUUUGAAAGCUUGCGCCA